GUGUUUGUGAUGUUUUGUGACCGAAAGUCAUCAAAUGCUUGUGACGCCUGUGUAAACAUCCAUUUGAAUUCAGCGUAAUUCCACGGAAGUGAAAUUUAGAACAGAAAUGAUUCUAGUUCUAGAUGAAGUGAUGAUAAAGUGAUGAUAAAUGUAGACAGCCGGGAGCGGCCAUCGUGUUAUGAUGUUUGACGCCAAACGGUUAAGUCAUCUAAAGUAAUGUUAUUCCCGUUUGUUUUUGAAAUGUGGGGGGAAACCGGAGUACCUGGAGAAAAACCACGUGUUACAUUCUUGUAUUUAAAAAUACUGUAGAAUAUGCAGUGGCCUCCAGAAUCAUUGGAAGAAUGCAGUCGAUUUCUAGGAAGAAAAGUUCACAAAAGAAUGAAAUACUUUGUCCGGACGAGGAGGUGGUCAGAGAGAUGUGUAUGGCCAAUGGAAUCUCCUAUGAUGACAUAGCUGAAGAGGGGCCUGACGUCACUUUCUUGGAGAUCAUCUUGAGCGGUUUUCCACGGAUGGUUGGCCUUUCCUACUUCCCGAAGCUCCGCCAGCUCAAUAUCGUGGGCCAAGACGUAAAGCGCAUUGAGGGUCUUGAAAGCCUCCCUUUACUCCAAGAGCUCUGGGUGGUCCAGUGUAAACUAACUAAAAUAUCUGGACUCCAGCAUUGUCUUGAGCUGAAGAAACUCAUCCUGUAUGAUAAUAAAAUCAAUGAAAUAAAGAAUUUAAAAGCGCUUGUCAACAUGGAAGUCUUGUGGCUCAACAAUAACUACAUAUCUCAGAUACAGGGCUUGAAGACUCUUCAGAACCUCCAAGAACUAAACCUUGCUGACAAUUAUAUUCAAAGGAUCGGGGACGGCCUUUACAACAACGUCAACCUGAACAGUCUCAAUCUGUCCGGGAACAAGAUCAGCUCCUUCAAGGAGCUGACCCGGCUCACCCGCCUCACCCACCUGAAAGAUCUGUCCCUCAGCGACUCCACGUCAACCCCAAACCCGGUGUGUCGGCUGUGUAACUACGCCACCCACGUCCUGUACCACUUGCCUUCGCUUUUGUUUCUUGAUACCUACGACGUCUCAAGCGUGCAAGUCAAGGAAGCAGCCGAGUGCACUGUAAUGAAGAAGAUGAUGUUUUACAACAUGCGCGUACGCACGGCUCAGAAGAAUCUGGCGGAGAGUAGGCUUCAGCUUCUGGAGAAGAAAAAUGCUUCCUUGGAGUCAUCCAUAGAAAGCAUCCGGUUGCUUAAUUACAACUUAAAAAAUCUUGAACGGGAGAUUUGGAAGAAGUCUUUGGAGGAUGGAUGGAGUCACACGGGCGGUGAUAACAGUGAGGAAACUGACACUUUUGACAUCGGCUGCGACCCCCCCGUAGAGGGAAUGCUCCAGAAGAAAAUUGAUAAGCUGAAGAAGAGACUUGCUCUUUGGUCCAGGAGGCUGCAUGAAAUCGAAAGCUGGUAUCAACAUCAUCUGGCCCGAGCGACAUGCACGAUGGAGGAUACCGUGCAGUUUCUGUUGACCGAGCUACAAAGUGUCGGAAAUAUUCGUUUGGAGGAAGGCAGUGCCACAGAUCCGUGGUUCAAUUCCUGUUGUGAACUCCUGCUUUCUCGCUUCUCUCGCUCGGAGUACAUGAGUCUUGGUGUUCUUGGCAUCAGGAUCAGCAGAGUUAUCCGUAUCCACAACAGUGUACUGAGGCUUCGCUUCAAGGAGAAACUUCAUUCCCUGCUGGCCAGGGGCGACUCUGCUGCAUUUAUACAGAAUCAUAAGCAGCUGCUUGAGCAUUUGUUCCACAUAGCUGACCCUGAACAAAGCACAGAGGAUAUUGUGGGCAUCUUUGAAGAUGGCUUCAAAACAGCAAGAGAAUAUAAGUCAGUGGGAAAAGAAGCGGCAGUGCCUUUAUCCAACAGCCUGAUUGUGAGCGAACAGCCGAGAAUCGAAUAUUGUCUAGCUAAGCAAGGGUGCCCCAAGAAGAGAACGGAUAAAAUCCCCUUCAGAUAUGGUAAGGUUAUUGUUUCCAAAGUGUUUCUGGGACACAGCAAGCCCAUCAGAGAGGGACAACCCGUCCACAGAAGAUCAUAUCCCAGAGCUUCUUCUGUUUAUCGCUAUGUAGACACCAAGCAUCAAGGUAGAACACCCUGUGUCUCUCCAAGCAUUCCCAGAGCAAAGCAGUGGUUUGUCUUUGAUCACGAUCUUGUCCUGCCUGAGUACAUCGUUAGUUUUGAAUACAUCACAGGGGGCAACGACCAGGUGAUGUCAAUGGGCUACAGCAUAUACGGUCAAGACCCUCCCACUUAUGACACCUCAAUGGACGCACAAGCUCUGGACAUGGAGCCUGUCCUGGAACCAUGGAUCAAGUUGUCCAAUUUGGAUGAGACGAUACUCUUAAAUGUGUCCAGAGCCAGUGUCCUCUGUGAGAUAACCGUGCUGAACCUUCACAACCACAGUCUGAACAACAUAAAGGCGAUUUCCUCCCUCAUGGCUCUACGUCAUCUCACCAUCAGCUUCAAUGAGCUUACCAGCCUCAGUGACAUUUCUCACAUGCCUAACCUUGAGUUUUUGGAUGCCAGCUACAACCAGCUAGCGAGCCUUGAAGGCCUGCGUGGCUUAGAGCAGCUCCGACAUCUUGACGUGACCUGUAACAAGCUGACCAAUGCCAGCCAAGAUUCGGCCGUGCUCAGAGAACACGCCCCCGACCUGCUGACUCUGGAAACGCAACACAACCCGUGGAGGAAGCCAGAGGAAGUCCGAAUGACCGUUCUGAGCCAUUUGACGACUCUCAAAUACCUGGAUGACGUACUGGUUACACAGGAGGAAACCGCUGCCGUUGUUCAAAAGACUGCAAGAUCCACUAUGAACCAGGAAUCUAUUAUUGCUUGCUCACAUUUUGACAAUGAACGCCCUCGCUAUCUAAGCCUGCUUCCGACAACGCAGCUCCUUUCUGAACGCAGUCUCUCACCUUGGGGCCUCCACCAAGACCUGGAGCCAGACUGGACUACAAAGAUCACUUCUCUAAACCUUGACAACCAGAAGAUCUGCAAGAUGAGCCAUCUGGAUACUUUGGUCAACCUUCGCUGGGCGUCGUUUAAUAAUAAUUACAUCUCUGAAGUCGAGGGAUUGGACUUCUGCGCCAAGUUGGAGGAUCUCUCCCUCAAUAACAACAGCAUCAGCUCGUUUAGCGGGCUCUCAAAACUACAAGGUCUAACCAAACUCAGCAUGGAUGGUAAUCAACUGACCAGUCUGGACUCCUCGAUUCUGGAUGAGCUCCAGAACUUGACUUUUCUGGCGGUGGAGAACAACUACAUCACUUCCCUCCAUGGCAUCCACCGAGUCUGCAACCUUCUGGAGCUCUAUGCUGGAAACAACCAGAUUUCUGUGUCUAGGGAUAUAUACUAUCUCAAGGGCUUGGCAAGCCUCAUCAUCUUGGAUCUUUACGGGAAUCCUUUAUACGAGAGCUUAAAGAACUAUCGCAUAUACGUGGUGUUCCACCUGCCGUCACUCAAGGCCCUGGAUGGAACGGCAGUGGAUGCAGCUGAAUGUGAAAAUGCAAAAGCCACGUUUGGAGGACGACUUACACCCGACUUAGUCGCAGAGAAACUGGGCCACUCCGACUACGCCAACAUCACCAACCUCAAUCUGCCGUCCUGCUCCAUUAGGAGUGUGGAUCUGUCUCCAACAGAUCUGUUCGUUAACCUCCAGAGUGUCAACCUGGAUCACAACAGCCUCACCUUCUUCUCAGGCCUCAUCCACCUGCCCAGCAUCAAAGUUCUGUAUUUAAACCACAACCGCAUUGAGUCCAUCCUGCCCAGGCAGAAGACCUUCCUGACAAACAGGCAGAUGUUACACAAUAAAGUGCACUCCAGUGGAUAUGGUCAACAGAGCUUAUGCAAAGGAAAUAGGCACAUCGCUCAGACUGUCAGCCUGGAGCCUCUGAUGAGCAGCCUGGAGGUGCUGCAUUUGAGUCACAAUGGCAUCUCCAAUAUGGCCAAUCUGGAGCUCAGCAGGCUCACCAAUCUUAAAACGCUCUUCCUUCAAGGGAAUGAGAUCAGCCAGGUAGAAGGCUUGGAGGGUCUCCACCAGCUCCGGGAGCUCGUCUUAGACAGGAACCGGAUCAGGGCCCUGUACGAGAACUCUUUCAUUUCCCAGAACGUCCUUCUGGAAUUGCACCUAACAGAGAACCGCAUCCGAGAGCUCAACCAUCUCUAUCCACUCACGGAGCUCCGCAAGCUUUACCUCGGGAUGAACAAACUACAGGACAUCACAGAGCUUGAUAAACUUGAGGUUCUUCCCUCGCUGACAGAACUCUCUGUUGUUGGCAAUCCGGUGGCUCGCAAUUCCCUCCACAGGCCGGCAAUCAUGCGGAGUCUAUCCCAGUUGCAGAUCCUGGAUGGCAUGAUGGUUACAGUCGAGGAGAGAAGCAGAGCUGAAAUCACGGACACAUCAGUACUCCGGUUUCCUCCCACAUUCCAAAAACAUACCCCUGCCUCUCGCCCGGAGACAGCUGGGAUAGGCUCCAGCACCCCCAGCGACCCUCGUAAGGAAAAAGCGGAUCCUCUUGUCUGCGGAGCAGCAAGCAAUCAAAUCACCAAUCCACUACCCAGACUGUGGAUGAAGUGGACCCACCCCGGUGACAGUAUCGGAGAACGACAGCCGUUAGCACAAUGUGAGGAAUGCUGUAGCAGUUCCAACCUCGAGACAAACUCGCCUGGACUGAUGACGUACAUGCCCGUUAGAGGAAUGGCCAUGACUGGACUACAGAACCUCAUCCAUGGCCACGACCUGCUCCAAGAAACCCAGUACACACCCAAGCACAAGAGGCACAUAGACAGGAACCCACCUUCUAGCGUCCAUGCUGACAUGAUCUCCAGACAGUCCCGAAAAGCAAGAAACAUGAUAGCUGCAUGUACCCUUCCCCCUGGGAAGAAAGAGCAAUUCUUCUACCAUGCAGGAACAAAAUACCAGGUUGAUGAGUCUUAACAUUCCAUAAAUGGGAUUAUUAUCCUGGGACAGUAUCUGAUAAAAAAAAAAAAAACUUAUGUCCAAAAAUUUUUGGACAUCAAUAUUUUAUGAAUUCAC